AUGGAAACGACGAGUUUCGCAUCGCGCAGACCAGCAGCUGGAGGCCUUCCACAUUUCCAACUUCCUCCGCCAAAUCCCAUGGUGGAUAGUCAAGUCCCAAGGACGGACGGCCUGAGUCCUCUGUCUUCGGGUGUGAACAGUGGGAGCUCACAGAGUUCGCAAGCAGGCGGAAUUGCACCAUAUAAUCCGACUGGCAGCUGGCCAUUACCAGGUGGCUCGUCUUAUACGUAUAGUUCUUUGAACCAAGGGCAGACCGGUCUUAUGCAGCCAAAUUACAACCGACAGCUGUACUCGCCGACCGGCGCUGCGUAUCAUGCAAGGAGCUCGAAUUCGCCAGCGACAGGCGAAUCCUUGGCCGCCCCCCCUUAUGACUCUGUGUCUCCGCCAUUUCCUCUCCCUACAUCAGGGGGCGGGCCGGCCCAUCACUCUAUGCUCUCUCACCAGACUUCGCAUCACCCGCCGCCUCUGCAGAACUCGAUUCUGAGCUCCCAGGGAGCUGUCUCGCAGCCUCCCACACCAUCGAGCGCAGCACCUGCUGAUAGUUAUGGUCGACACCCGCCUACGCCUGGCUAUUACACGACGCCUUCAUCAACGCCACAGCAAUCGUCUUUCCCCGCCUUCUCUGCGUCAACUUUACCGUCCCCAACCCAUCAUUCCCCCACCACGACUGGGCCAAUGUCGAGAGGGAUUCCUUCUCUGAGUGGGCAGCAUUCUCCCAUGCAGCCGCCGCAUUAUCAGAGCCGCUCGUAUGGAUAUCCCCUCCCGCCGGCAAUGGGAGGUGCCGUACUCUCGAACAUGACGAAUCCUGGUGGACAGAUGACCAUAGUAGGCGGACUGAACCACAUGUCGCAUGGUUAUCCAGGGCAUAUUGGACACAUGUACCCCCACGGUCAAGCACCUCCUCAACAGGAUCGUCCGUUCAAAUGCGACGUUUGCCCCCAGAGUUUCAACCGAAACCACGAUCUAAAGCGACACAAGAGGAUCCACCUUGCAGUCAAGCCAUUCCCUUGCAACCACUGCGAUAAGAGCUUCUCACGAAAGGAUGCCUUGAAGCGACACCGACUGGUGAAAGGUUGCGGUAACGGCAAAACCUCACCGACUGACGAUUCCUCUCCACAGGACGAUGUGAAGCAAGAUCCUGAUCUCAGCUCGAAUGAUGAUAUCAAGGAAGAGAUGUGA